AUGGGGGAACCAGAAUCCUCUCCCGUGGAACUGGAGAAUCUGUUCCCUCCGGUUUUCACUAUAGCAAUGGUAAAAAGGGCCAAACAGUACGUUGGGUUUCUGAUUUCAAUUAUUGGAAUGGAAGAGGUAUUAAAUAACAUCGAAGACACCACAUAUACAGAAAACGCUCCUAUUGCAGGGGCAGGUGUCGUAGAAUGGAAACCAAGAAUAGGUAUGAAGUUUGAAACUGAGGAAGAGGCAUAUGAUUUCUAUAAUUCAUAUGCCGGUCGAGUCGGUUUUAGCAUCCGCAAAGAGUAUUUUAAUAAGAGCAAGAAGACUGGUAAACUGUCAUCGAGAUUGUUAACAUGCUGCAAGGAGGGUUUCAGGGGUGACGACAUUCGGGACAGUAAUACAAAGACUCCCAGGGCCGAAACACGAACUGGUUGCCCUGCUCGAAUGCUUAUACAACGUAGAAUUAGCCGUGUUCAGGCCAUUGAUUUGGAAUUGGCUUCUGAUUCAGGAAUAAGCCCUCGCAAUUCAUAUGAGUUGAUGGGAAGACAAACUGGUGGAAAACAAUCAGUUGGGUACAUGAAGUUGGAUUUACUAAACCAUAUAAGGAUCCGAAGACAAACUGAGCUCGAAUAUGGAGAGGCAGCAUGGCUAAUGAAUUAUUUUGAGACUCAGUCUUAUGAAGAUCCAUCUUUCUUUUAUGCAUUCCAAUUGGAUAGUGAUCAAAUGAUCACUAACAUAUUCUGGGCUGAUUCAAAAAUGAUAAUUGAUUAUUGCAAUUUUGGAGAUGUUGUAAGUUUUGACACAACAUACAAAGUUGUACAUGGCAACCGUCCAUUUGGAAGUUUCUUGGGGUUGAAUCAUUAUCGGGAGACCGCUGUGUUUGGAGCAGCGUUCAUGUAUGACGAGACUGCAGAAUCGUUUGUGUGGUUGUUUGAAACAUUUUUGAAAGCAAUGUCCGGUAAAGCGUCAAAGACGAUCUUCACUGAUCAAGAUGCUGCAAUGGGAAAUGCAUUGACGCAGAAAAUAGUUUUUGCAGGUGAUGCCAGGGACAAAACAUUAUCUGUGUGUUUGGCACCUAAUGCAAAAUAUACAGAAGCAUCUAGGGUUGUUAUUUAG